UCUCAGAGCAAACAGAGUAAUUCAGUUUAACGUUUGGAGAAGUGUCAGAAGACCUUAAUAAAUCAAAAGGAAGAGAAUGGUUUCUAAAAUGGUUUUUCUACUCUACAGUCUCCUUUUAUUUGGCAUGGAAGUAGACUCCGAGACAUUGACUAAGGUGGAAAUCACACCUCGAAGCUGUCUGGACCACCUCAAAAAAGGCCACAAUUCUGAUGGUUAUUAUACCAUUUAUGAUUUCCAAACCAACGACCUAAUCUUAGUUUACUGUGACAUGACUUCAGAAGCUGGAUCAGCUUGGACUUUGGUCAUGUCCUACGCCUUCAAGAACAGAAAUAUGAACCAGAUGACUAGGAGAACAUUGGGCCAAGACGCACCUGUGAACGAGAAUUCCCCUAAUUGGAAUCUUUAUCGUAUGAGCCCUUCUCAAAUGGCUUAUCUCAAGUCUCAGUCUACCCAUUGGAGAUCAACCUGCAGCUUUCCUUCUUACAAGGUCGAUUACACAGAUUACGUCAGAGCAAAGUUUACAGACUUCGACAUUAUGACAUUACUGGGUCAUGGUAUUUGCAAGAAAGUUGAAUAUGUCAAUAUUCGUGGUCAUCAGUGCGCCCAAUGUACAUCAAAGUGGUGGCAAGUUAGCAAUGUGUUCGCCCCUCACAUCGAUAGCUCUUUCAGUGGAUGUCAGUUUGUUCCCACUCAAGGUUCUACUCCGUCCGAAAAUAAUUUUGGUUUCUACCUUGAUGGCUACAACCGUAAAUUCCGUUGCAGUUCUGGUCCACUUUCUACAACCAACUGGUGGUUUGGUGGAUAUUUGUGAAAUGCAAAAAGCUUUGAAACUGAUUUGGGCAUAAUCGCAUAGCUUGUUUAAAAACAUAUAAAAAGGAACUUGUAAAAUAGCUUUUCAUGUGAUAACAUUAAUAUAUUCGUAAGUUUUACUAUAUGUUGAAUAAAACAAUAGUUAAACCUCGUAGCUAUAAUUUAGACUAUUUCAGUGAAUGAAUUCAAUAGUUUGAUUUCGUCUUUUAAUACUAGGAAAUGAAAGUAAAUGACUCAAAUGAGUAAAUAGAGAUCAUUUGAUUUCAUUUGUCAUGAAAAUGUAGAGAAUAUAAACAUGACUCUUUUUUGCUGCAAAAAUAAGGCCCGGUUAUUCUCAUAAGGCCCGGUUUACACUGUCAAA